CCCGAGAAAAGAUGCUUUUUAGUGUCAACAGAGUUUGAUUGCAUCUGGGUGAAAUGUUGCAGCUAAACCUGUCUCACUGCAUAGCGAUGAGCUGGGUGGACCAAUGAUCUGAUUCGGGACAAUUCAACCUCCUGUGUUCCUUUUUAAAUCAGCCCUUUUUAUGAGGAACGAUGAGGACUGGAAUCAUUUUUUUAGGGGAAGGGAUAGGUUUUUCCACAUUACCUGGCCCUCAGAACUGUCUGCAGGCCACACCCCUCUCUCUCCUCAAGCCACACCCCUUUUAACCUCGCCCUCUUAGAGAAGCCAGCCUUCUGUGUUGGUUUACAUCUGUUGCCCCUCCCACUUUUGCCUCUGGCCCCGCCCACCGCAUGCAUGUGGCCCCUGGCAGGUCACCCAGAAGAGAAUGCGGCCCUUGGGCAGAACAUUUUUUUAACCCUUCCUACUCCAGAGGGUGUCUCCUGAUCCACCGGAGAAGAAGCUUUGUGCUAAAAUAGCCUGUAAGCACCAGUUGGAACCAUGGAAUGGUAUUCACAGUGAUGGAACAGAAAGGGCAAUUAUUACUUGUAAGGAGUCCUUCCUUUGAUGUUGUAGCACCUGCACUUUGGAACUCCCUGCCGAUUGACAUUAGGCAGACACCAUCACCGUACUGUACACCUGCUGAAAGCUUUCCUGUUUCAGCAGGGCCUAUCCAGACACCUGCUUUGGUUACAUCUGUUUGUAAAUUUGUUUUAGAUGUUUUACUGUGUCCUUUAACAGCUUUCAGAUGCAUUUUUUAUUUUUUUAAAUAGCGUAGGUGUUUUCCAUCCUGGCUCCUUUUGAAAUGCACAUUUACUAAAAUAAAUGAAACAGAUGAGUUAUUUAUGCCUUGCUUUUCAGCAGAGGAUUAGACCAGAAAGCAGCUUAUAAUUAAAAUCCAUAUAAAGAUAUAAUUAGGGGAAUGGCAGUGUGUGUAGUGAGGGGCAGUUCCUUUUAGCCUCUGUUGACACCCUCCAAAUUCCAGCCUCUUUGCUCCAGGGGGAGAAAGGUGCAGGAACCAAGUGGAACUGGCCAGCUGCUGACCCUCAGAAACAGCCCUUCUACAUAGUCUUCCUUCUGUAACUCCUAUGAUUUCUCUUUCUUCCUCUCCUUUUUCUCCCCAAUUUUUAAUUCGUUCAUUUUUUGAAAUGUUCAUAUGUGUUCCACCCUGGUGGUUGAGAAGGAGCUUGAAUCUCUUUUUUUAAAAAAACAAAAACAAAAACCCGACUCACUGUAAUGUAAAAAAAGGGGUUUAGCUUUUCACCUUCUCUGAUGAAAUCGAUUCUCCCCUUAGUAGUUGCGAAAAUCUUUUUGGUGGUUUGAUCUGCUGGUUUUAAAGCGGUUUUUUUGCCCUUUUGCUUCUCCCCAGGUCCCAGUUCUCUCCACAAAGGGAAACCGCUGCAAGAGAAUUCUCCAGCCUGAACGGAGAGGGGGCUACUUCUCCAUUUCCAUUAACGGCUCCAGUUUGUGAAAUUUCCUGCUGGUUGGAGCAGGGGGGCUUCUCUUACUCCCCUCCCCUCUCUCCGUACCCCCGGCUCCCGGACAGGUGAUGCCGUAAAGCGUGGACAAAGUGUGGACGUCUUCGCUUUGUAAGGUGGCUGGCCUCUUCGGUUCUGGACGGAGAAAAUUUUGGCCAGCUGCCAUGUGGACUUUCUGGGUCUUUGGAGUGGCCUGCAUGGCAGCCGAGGGGGCCAGCGCAGUAGGAUAUCCCAAUAGCUCAGAGGACCCCAAGAUCUCAUCUUCUCUUCACUUGGACACCAGUGGGCAGCUCAACAGGAUCUUGAGCUCAGGACGAGCUGUGGAUGUGAGUAGCCGAAGGGGCAGAAAGAAGCCACCAAAAUUGCUGUUUGGUUGACUAUUUGCAUUUAUUAAUUGCUUGCCCCCACAGGGAGUCUCCAAGCAAAAGGAUCAGAGUUUCCUGGGAAGAGGCUUUGAUUGUUAAACCACUCUGGGAAUUGUAGUUCUGGGAGGGGGAGUAGCCUCUUAACAACUCUCAGCGUGACUUUCCACAGUUCUUUGGGGAAGCCACAGCUUUAAAGCACUGGUAUUACUGUGGUGUAAAGGGAAGAUGUGAAUGUGACUUGGGUUUCUUCAGCAAGCCUCCCAGAAUUUUCCAGAUCCCAAGGAGAUUGCCUUCCUUGCCAUUGUGUUAUGACUGGAACGGGGCUUUGCCCUUGCCUAGCAAGGACACCUAGUUGAGCUCAAGCCUGCUCAGCCAGUGAAAAUGCUUCUGAAGGGAGCCAAGAAUGCCUGUUUGUGGCAGAGCCGGUUAUUUCACUCUGCAGCGGGAGGGCCUGCCCCACAGAUCUCCCUCCACCCUUAUCUUGCAGCUGCUUUCAAGCCCAGAUCCGAAUUAGUCCUGACCGCUGGCCUCUCUCUACUCGGAGCCAAGCUGGGGGGUAGUUCUGCAUGUGUAUUAUAGUAACCAUUUUCAGGGAUGAUAUGAGAAGGAAUUCAUUGAAGAAGACCUCUGGUCCUCUUUCAUCCCAGGGCUGAACUACUGCAUUGCACUUUUAUGUGGGCGUCCCUUGAAGACUGUUUGGAAGCUUCAGCUGGUGUAGAAUGCAGCAGCCUGCCUCAUAAUGGGGCUGGGCAGCCAGGAACACAGCAUGCCAGCGUUCUGGGGCCUGUCAGCUGCUCCUCCUGUGCUCUCCUGGGAACAAUCCGAGGUGGUGGUUUAGCUUUUUUGCAAUACUGCGGGACCCAAAUGCUAACUUGGUUUCCUAACUGUUGGUGCUCGCUGUUAACACCUUUCCCUCUCUUCCUAGUUCCUGUUGUAGUUUCAUCUGGCGUUCUUUUACAGCUCUGGCACUGAGUGGAGGGUUGGGCUGGAUGGCCUCUAAGAUCCCAAAUGAUCUAAAAUUAUCAAAUCACCUGUGAAACGUGCAAAAAGCUUGGGGAAGAGAGGUUGGCACUUCCGUCAUUUUCUUCCUCGAGAGCCUCUCCCAAGCAGGGCAAAAGGAUCCCUUGAUUUCUUAUAUAAAGGAGAUUCAGAUUCCCCUUUGUCUUAGGCCCUCCUAUGGGCCUUUUUAUUUUAUUCGUUAUUAUUUUUUGAUUGAUUGAUAUCUCACCUUUUUCUCCAAGGAGCCCAAGAUGGCGUACAUAGUUCUCCCCUUCCUCACUUAAUCCCAACAACAACCACCACCACCACCCUAUGCAGUAGAUUUGACUUGAGAACACAGCAGGAGCAUAGGAAGCUGCCAUAAACCGAGUCAGACCAUUGCUACAUCUACAGAAACUGGUAGCAGCUUCAGACAGGGUUCUCUCCCAGCCAUACCUGGAGAUGAGAGAUUUAAACAUGGGACUUUCUGCCUGCAAGACAGAUGCCCUAACCAAGAUAAAAGCAGACUUAACUUUUAUUUAUCUGUACAUUUACGUUUCCCGUUUUCCUCCAGCACACUCAAGGCAGCAUGCAUCCAUCUCCCCUGUUAUAUCCUCACAGCAACCCUGUGAGGUAGGCUUGAGAGGCAGAGACGGGUCGCCGAGGUAGCUUCACUGCCAAGUGGGGACUGGAAACCUGGUCUCCCAGGUCCAAAAUCUGACUGUCCAACCACUGUUGGCCCUCCGUGAAUAAAUGAUUGGCAGGGACUGGACCCCCACGGUGGGAUUUCUGGUCUCUUAAUUUUAUUUCUUUUAUUUUUGUCCCUCCAGUGCAGAGAGGUGGGGAAGGAAAACAUCUCCAGGCGCUGCUUCUUCAUCCGGAACAACCCAGACUGCCAGAUGGAUGGCGGGUUUCUUAACUACCUCAAUGGAGCUUUCUGCGUUUUCCCUGCUGCUCUCCAACCUCUUGCAGUGACCCUCUAUGUAAGGACCAAAGUGGAGGAAUCUGGGUGGGUGGGAAGGGAUUUUAGGAGCCCCCUUAGUUGCGUUGCUGGUCGACAGCAGAGCCUGGGAGAUGUCAUGAGGGCCUCCUGACUCCUCUGAAUACCAGUUGCCGCAGGAGGGGAGAGUGAUCUUGUGCUCAAUUCAAAAGUGUUGGUCCUGACCUUUAAAGCCCUAAACGGCCUCGGUCCUGUAUACCUGAAGGAGCGUCUCCACCCCUAUUGUUCACCCCGGCACUGAGGUCCAGUUCCGAAGGCCUUCUGGCGGUUCCCUCACUGUGAGAACUGAGGUUACAGGGAACCAGGCAGAGGGCCUUCUCAGUAGUCAGGUGUCAAGGAAAUACAGUGGUACCUUGCUUCUCAGACUUAAUCCGUUCCAGAAGUCCCUUCCAAAACCAAAGCAUUCCAAAACCAAGGCACACUUUCCCAUAGAAAGUAAUGGGAAAUGGAUUAAUCCGUUCCAGACUUUUUAAAAAAACUGCUAAAACAGCAAUUUAACAUGAAUUUUACUAUCUAACAAGACCAUUGAUCCAUAAAAUGAAAGCAAUAAACAAUGUACUGCAGUCACACAAUCAAUCAAUCAGUAGCUGAACUGGGUUUCACACAGUCACACACAAAAUGAGCCGCAAAAACAAAACAGAAAAUGAAUAGCAAAACCAGACAGACCUCAGCGUAACACUCAAAAUGGAAGUGUGGCACUCAAAACGAAGCACAUUCGGCUUCCAAAAAAUGUUCGCAAACCGGAACACUUAUUUCCAGGUUUGAAGUGUUUGGGUUCCAAGUUGUUUGAGUACCAAGGCAUUUGAGAACCAAGGUACCACUGUAAGCAACUAUCUGACUUUUAGAAGACAUCUGAAGGCAGCUCUGUUUAGGGAAGUUUUUAAUGUUUCAAUCUAUUUUUAAUAAUCUGUUGGGAGCCGCCCAGAGUGGCUGGGGAAACCAGCCAGAUGGGCGGGGUAUAAAUAAUAAAUUAUUGUUAUUAAUUAUUCCGGCUUUUGGUCUGAUCCAGCAGGCAUUGUAUUAGCUGUAUCUUGCACAUGGUGCCGACAGGUUGCAUGUGGCGCUGGGGGAUUUUGAGCAAGAACAAGCAAACGUGAGCUGGUUCAGCUUGGCUGUGCAACAGACGCCAGCUACUUAGGGGGAAGGAAUGGCAGCCACAUGUGAUGAAGCUGCGGGAAGGCAGAUUGAUCAAGUGCAAGGAACCGGCUCCUUUUAAGAAAGAGGAUCUGCCUUUUUUUUUCUGGGAAGAGGGACCAGAAAGGGAUGACGCUGCAGCUAAGGGUGUUUGCUGGGUCAGGGCAAGGGCAGCUUUAGGAAUGAGGAAGGUGGAGCAGGAGAACUUGCAUUUUGGUAUCUUUUCAGAGAAUCUCCUCUUGUGAGUUUAGCCCAAGGCAAAUUGCCUGAUUUGCAUUUGCUUUUGCAGGAUCUGUACUGAGUUCUCCUCAGGCAUCUUUGAAUAAGGAAGUGAAAAGGCUGCCCACCUGCACACCCCAGAAGGUGCAUAUGUGGCUCCCCUCCAUUAGGAUAGAGCAUGAGACUCUUAAUCUCAGGCUUGGGGGUUCAAGCCCCACGUUGCUCAAAAAAUAUAUAUCCUGUGUUGCAGGGGGUUGGAUGAAACAAUCCUUGGGGUCCUUUGUAACUCUACAAAUCUAUGAUUCUAUCUAAUCAAAAAUGGGAACUGUUAUUGACCAGGAUUCCUAUCCCCAUGGUGGGGAUACAUAGGCGCCCCUUUGGGCUAGUAAUUGAUCAGUUGUAUGACAAUUGGACAAGCCUGCCAAGAUAUGUAGAAUGCAUGCAUGUUUUGACCUGUUUUCAGUUUUAUCAUUUUAUUAAAUAGUUAUUUUAUUUUUUUGUAAACCACUUUAAGGGCUCUCCCCCAUUAAGUGGAGAGUGUGUGUAUGUGUUGUGUGUGUGUGUAUGUAUGUAUGUAUAUAUAUUAAAUAAAUAAAAAUCUGGAGGAGCAUGCUGAGCACAUUGGUCAACAGCUUAGCAGACAGAGUUAGCCUGCAUAUUCUUGGCAUCUGCAUGUUCAAUACCAAAUGUCUGAAGAAGGAUCAGAAGUUGAGUUUAUUUGUGAUGACCACAGCUUGGUGCUUGGAACACCUGCUUUGCAUGCAGAAGGUCCCAGAUUUUAAUUCCUGGCAUCUCUAGGUAGGACUGGGGGAGAGCCACAUCUAAUCAGUGCAGAUAAUCCUGAGCUAGAUGGCCUGAUGGUCUGACUCUGUAUAAAACAGCUUCCUGCACUCCCAGAAGUUGACCUAGGGCUGUAGGUUCUGCAACAAGUUAAAUUAGUAUUCUGCAAUUAAAUAUAAGAUAAAGGGAAAGGACUGACACCUGUUCUGAGAAUUUAGGGUACAGCUGAGUUCUAAGAGUGUUUAAGUUCAGUAAGUGCAGAUUGAUUGAUUGAUUGAUUGAGACUUUGGAUUAUCAGAACUAUGUACAGUUUUUUGAAAAACAUUUUGUUCGAGCCACAGAAUGUUUUGGAGUCCUUCCCUUUCCCUCCCUUUUUCACGACCGGAAUUGUCUCUGGGUUUCCCCACAGGCUCUGUGGCUGGUUUAUCUCUUUCUCAUCCUUGGGGUCACAGCCGAGAAAUUGUAAGUAACAACAACGCCAGGCGUCUCUCACUUCCUCUUCCACCGCAAGUUUUUAAAAGGUGGCUUCCUGGCCUUCAAAUGGGGGGAAGGGCCAUAACAGGAUAUAAGCUUGUUUGGAAAUGGGAUGCUGUCAUUCAGAAAUGGUUCUGUCUACUUCCUCUCCAGUCAUUCAUUCAUAUUUUAUUAUUAUUAAGUGCAUGCUGCUAAAAAAUAGUCGCAAGACUCAUCUGCACCGUGCAUUUAAAAGCACUCUUCUGCCACGUUAACAAGCAUGGCUCCCCCUGCAAAAAAAAUAAAUAAACCUGGGAACUGUAGUUUGCUGCUCAUGUAGACUGGGCCUGACUCUGCCCUCCUGAACAGCAAUUCCCCUUGUCACAGGAGCAUGACUCAGUGGCAAAAGUCCAUUCCCCUUGGCAUCUCCAGGUUGUGUUGGGAGGGACCUCAGUCUGAAAUCCUGCAGUGUAGACAAUACUGAACCAAUAAUGGGACUCUGGGAAAAAACCAGCUUCCUAUAUUCUUCAUAUGGGGAAGAGCAAUGCAUCAAACUUUUAACCUUUUUUUCUUUCCUUCCACCCUUAAGCUUCUGCCCCAACUUAUCUGCCAUCUCCACCAAGCUGAAGCUUGCACACAAUGUUGCAGUAUCCUUUGGUGAAUUUGUUCUGGGUCCUCAGAGGCACCAGAGAAGGGUGGAAUAGUGGGGAAUCUCACUGGGUCUUUUCAGUCUCCUGUUAUCUAACCUGGGGGUGGUCUGAUGCCCCCCCCCCCAGAUCACAAUGGUUUAAUCCAGAGGUGGAAGAAUCCUUUUUUUUUUUCACACAGGGAGGGGGCACAUUCUCCCUCAUGGGCAACUUCCCAAGGGCCACAUGCCAGGGAUGGGCAUGGCCAGAGGCAAAAAGAAGGCGGAGCAUCAGGUGGGACUCUUAGCCCACGGGUGUAGCCAACAUGGUGCUCUGUAGUUUUUAAAUUUGCACUACAACUCCCAUCAUCCUUGGUCAUUGGCCAUGCUGACUGAGGCUAAUGGAAGCUGGAGUCCCAACAGCAUCCAGAGGGGACCAUGCUGGCUACCCCUGCUCCCGGCCUUUCUACAGUAUGCCCCAUACCAGCCAGGGAGAUUUCUACACCAGCACAUUCUUCUCCAUUCACCAGACAGACAGGCACCAAAGUUUCGGCCAGGCACAAAAUCCUUUGGCAGGGAGGGUGGGGCACACAAUAGAGCUGGUGGUGCGGUUCUUGGGAGAGUCCCAAGGGCCAGAUAAUGCAUGAAGGACUUCCUUUGCCCCCCUUGGCCUGAGAUUUCCCACCCCAGGUUUAAUCUGUUAGAAGGUUUUUUUAUCAACUGCAAAGCCCUGCGUUGGGUGCUGAAGGGCAUCGCAACUGUGGCGUACAGUGGACGCUCGGGUUGCGAACGUGAUCCGUGCGGGAUGCACAUUCACAACCCACGUCUGCGCACGCGCGGGUUGCAAUUUGGUGCUUCUGCGCAAAGCACAAUAUAGCGCUUCUGCGCAUGCACGACUGCCGAAACCUGGAAGUAACCCGUUCUAGUACUUCCGGGUUUCGGCGGUCCGUAACCCGAAAAAACGCAACCUGAAGCAUCUGUAACCCUAGGUAUGACCACACAGUCAUGCCUCGGGUUGAAUGUGCUUCGGGAUGAGCACGUUCGAGUUGCACUCCGCGGCAACCCGGAAGUAACGGAGCGCAUUACUUCCAGGUUUCACCACUUGUGCAUGCGCAGACGCUCAAAAUGACGUCACUUGCAUGCGCAGAAGCGCCGAAACGUGACCCACAGACGUGCGGACACGGGUUACGUUUGCUUCUAGAUGCGAACGGGGCUCCGGAACGGAUCCUGUUCGCAUCUAGAGUUACCACUGUACUGAGUUGAGCAGAACAAAAGGCAAGAAGCGUUGGUCAUACCGAAUUUUGGCCUUGCCCAAAAUCUGAAAGAACAAAGCCAACGUCCUGGAAUGAGGCCCAUUCCCUCCACUGGGCCUGCUGUCUCCAUUUCUUCCUUAGCCCUUUCCUUCAUGGUGUCACCUUCCUGGCUUUUGGGAAUGGCGCACCUGAUGUCUUCAGCGCCGUCGUGGCUUUCUCCGACCCGCGGACAGCGGGCUUAGCUGUUGGAGCGCUCUUCGGUACGUGUCGCCAGGGUUUCCCCACUGCAAACCCCCAUGUGCCUUAGUGUGUGGGGCAAGGCCUGCUUCUGCUUGAUGCCUCCCUUUCCAUGGAGGCGCAGGUUACAGCAACAGCCAAGGCGACAUUUUUCCACCUUUGCCGCAUCAAGCAGUUGGUCCCUUACCUUUCCCGCCCCAACCUGUCCACAGUGAUCCAUGUGACGGUCACCUCCAGGCUUGACUACUGUAAUUCGCUCUAUGUGGGGCUGCUCUUGAAGCUGUCCCAGAAACUCCAGCGGGUGCAGAAUGCUGCAGCGAGGCUCCUCACGGGGUCUCUGCCAUGGGAGCAUAUUCACCCAGUGCUUUUCAAGCUGCACUGGCUCCCGGUGGAGUACAGGGUCAGAUUUAAGGUGCUGGUUUUGACCUUUAAAGCCCUUCACGGCCUAAGGAGGACCUUAAGGUCCAUAAAUAGCAACACCCUAGUGGUCCCGGGCCCUAAGGAAGUUAGAUUAGCCUCAGCCAGAGCCAGGGCCUUCCCUGCACUGGCUCCGGCCUGGUGGAACGCUCUGUCUCAUGAGACCAGGGCCCUGCGGGAUUUGAUUUCUUUCCGCAGGGCCUGUAAGACAGAGUUGUUCCUCCUGGCCUUUGGCUUGGAGCCAAUUUGAUUCCCUCCCCCUCUUUCUUUUUCCUUUCUCCUCCUGUGAUGAGGCUGCAUUUUAAUAUUUUAAUGUUGUAUUUUAAUCUUGUUUUUAAGUUGUAUUCAACUUGUUUUUAUUAUUGUUUGUUUGCCGUCCUGAGCCCGGCCUUGGCUGGGGAGGGCGGGAAAUAAAUAAAAAUUAUUAUUAUUAUUAUUAUUAUUAUUAUUCUGUGCCAUCGCCGGAUGGAAAUCCGCCAGUCAUAGCAUGACCAGCAGGGCCUUGUCCAACGAUCAUAAAGAUUGCCUGGCUCUGUAUGGCAGAAGGCCAUCUACCAAGUAUCUUGGCCCUAAGUGGUUCAGGGCUUUCUGUGCUAACAGCAGACUCUUCAUCGUGGCUCCCUGAUUGCUUGGCAGUCAUGCCUUGCCAGUCUUCCAGCUAUGUGGGAACUUACCCUUCCUUUCCUUUUCUCCAGGUGCCGGUAUCUUUGUCACCACCGUCGUAGCUGGUGGCAUAGCCCUGGUGAAGCCGUUCACUGCGGCCUCCAGGCCGUUCCUCAGGGAUGCCAUCUUCUACAUGGUCGCUGUCUUCCUCACUUUCGUGGCCCUCUACUUUGAGGAGGUCAGCCUGGCAGAGGCCCUGAGUGAGUAUAUAUCAAGGGCCAAGGGAAGCGAGUGCCAUCUUAGCUCGGGCAAAAGGUCCCUCUAAGUCCCAGGACGUUUGGGAACCUGUGGCUUUCUCCAGUGUCAUCCCAUCAGUCUGGCUGAUAAUCGGGAAAUGACCGGAGUCUCAGGAUUAUAUAUGUACAUCCAGGGGUUGGGCAGCACCCAGCUUGACAGCAGUACAUGCGAAAAAGGAUCUAGGGGUCUUAAUAGACCUCAAGCUUAACAUAAGUCAACAGUGUGAUCCAACAGCAAAAAGCAGCUAAGGCAAUUCUAGGUUGCAUCAACAGGUUUCUAGUGUCCAAGAGAAGUAAUAGUCCUACUAUGUUUUGGUCAGACUUGACCUGGUCAAGACCUGGACCAAUAGUCCAAGUCUGUUUUGGUCAGACUUGACCUGGACUUCUCUGUCCAGUUCUGGGCACCCCAUUUUAAGAAGGAUAUUGACAAGCUGGGACGUGUGCAGAGGAGGGCAACCAAGAUGAUCAAGGGUCUGGAAACUAAGCCUUAUGAGGAACAGUUGAGGGAGUUGGGUAUGUUUAGCAUAGAGAAUAGAGGACUGAGAGGUGUUUUUUAUAUUGUGAUUUUUUGUUGUGAACUUCCCUGAGAUCUAUGGCAGUAUACAAAUUGUUGUUGUUGUUGUUGUUAAUUAAUUAAUUAAUUAAUAGCUGUCUAUCUGAAGGCCUAUCAAAUGGAAGAUAAAGCAAGCUGGUUUUCUGCUGCUCCAAAGGGUGGAAUCCAAACCAAUGGAUUCAAAGGGAGAUUCUGACUAAACAUUAGGAAGAACUUUUUGAUGCCAAGAGCUGUUCAACAGCGGAAUGAUCUACCCUAGAAGGUUUUGGACUCUCCUUCACUGAAGGAUUUUAAACAAGUUGGAUGGCCAUCUGCCAGGGAUUCUUUGGCAGUGGUUGCAAGAGCAAUGGACAAGAUGACUGUUGGGGGUCCCUUCCAACUCUCUCUGAGCUGUGAAUUGUAGUUUAUUGCACAUGCUGAGAGUUACUCCUCUCUCAGAGCUACAAUUCCCAGAGGUCCCUUGGAAAGAAGGAUUGACUGUUAAACCUCUCUUGAGAACUGUAGCUUUGUGAGGGUAAUAAGAAUAUCUUGGCACCCUAAACACACUACAGCUCCCAGAAUUCUUGGGGGUGGGGAGCUAUGACCGUUCAAAGUAUUAUCAUAGGGCUUUUAAUAUAGGUAGGAUUGGGACCUCUACAUUGAAAACACAUCCUUUCCCUCAAAGAAUUCUGGGCGCUGUAGUUUAUUAAGGAUUGCUGUGGAUUACCCUUACUCUGCCAGGUGAACUACAGUCCCCACAAUUCUUUGAGAGAAAGGAUGUUCUUCGGAUGUGCUCUAAAAGUAAUAUUGGGUACACAGACAGGGGCCUGUUUUAAAUUGUGUGGUGGUGCAGGAUGAGCAGGGCAAACAGGCUGUUGUGAAGGGUUGGUUUCCCCUGCAGGUUACCUCUGUCUCUACAUCUUCUACGUCCUGACGGUCGUCGUCUCUACGUGGCUUCACAAGAGGCAGCGGAGGGAGAGGCCGGGCCCUUCUAGCCCUGCAGAGCCAGGUGAGGGGUGCAAAGAGAUACGUAGGGAAAUCCUUCUCUUGCUUUGCAUGCAGACCCUCCCAACCCUUAUACAGUGGUACCUCAAAUGCCUUGGUACUCAAACAACUUGGAACCCAAACACUGCAAACCCAAAGUAAGUGUUCCGGUUUGCGAACUUUUUUCGGAAGCCAAACAUGCUCAGUUUUGAGUGUUACGCUUCCGAUUUGAGUGUUAUGCUGAGAUCUGUCUGUUUUUGCUAUUUAUUUUGCGUUUUUGUUUUUGCGGCUCUUCUGUUUUUGUUUUGCUGACUGUGCGGAACCCAGUUCAGCUACUGAUUGAUUGUGUGACUGCAGUACGUUGUUUAUUGCUUUCAUUUUAUGGCUCAAUGGUCUCAUUAGAUAGUAAAAUCCAUACUUAAUUGCUGUUUUAGGGGUUGUUUUUAAAAGUCUGGAACGGAUUAAUCCAUUUUGCAUUACUUUCUAUGGGAAAGCAUGCCUUGGUUUUGGAACACUUUGGUUUUAGAAUGGACUUCCGGAACGGAUUAGGUUUGAGAACCAAGGGACCACUGUAACUAUUCUUUCCUCUCCUCGCCUUGCUGCAGAGCUGCCAACAGACUCUGAAGAUGGGGACACUUCGAGCGCCAAUGGAGGUGAAUACGGUGAGUCACAUUUGAGCCCGUGUCUCCCGAGGGCUGAACAGAUAACGCACCAACUCUUACGACAAGUGCUGCAACCCUUUGAUCAGAAGAUCAAAACUAAGUCAAGUUUUAAAAAAUAAAUAAAAUAAAAUUAUUUGGUUUUUCAGAUUAAAAUUUUACAGUCAUACAGUGGUGCCUCGCAAGACGAAAUUAAUUCGUUCUGCGAGUUUUUUCGUCUUGCAAGUUUUUUCGUCUUGUGAAGCACGGUUUCAAUUUUUUCAAAAAAAUCUUCAAAAACCUCAAAAAAGGCUACCACACCGCGUGCUAUGAGUUGCUCCCCGAAGUCAAGUCGCAACUGCACCUCUUCAAGCAAUGCACCCUGUAUUACUGUAACGGUUUUAAGAAAAAGGAAACAAACUUGCAAGACGUUUCCGUCUUGCGAAGCAAGCCCAUAGGGAAAUUCGUCUCGCGAAGCAACUCAAAAAACGAAAAACUAUUUCGUCUUGCGAGUUUUUCGUCUUGAGAGGCAUUCGUCUUGCGAGGUACCACUGUAUAUCAAACAUAGAUCCAUAAAAACAAGAUUCCAAGGAAUCUCCUGGACUUCCAUCCUCCCCUUUGCGGAUCCUGUUAUUAAUCAUUUCCUCCUGCAUCUUUCAUAAUGAUCCAAAUCUUUUACAUCUCCAUUGUAUUUAGAAUUCACCCUUACACGACGAGUGAUAUUCCAACUCUACUGACAAUUUUAACUGUUUACAGCUGUUUACUAACAGGUUUUAGUUAAUGCAUUGGUUGAACGAUAUGAUAAUAAUUAAGGGACCUGUGUAUUAAGAGAACACUAGCUUACUGCUUGAAGCUUUUUUUUAUUCUGGUGUGUUAACUGUAAUAGGGGAUGGUGCCAAAAACGAUAAAGUUGAAUGUCUAUUUUAUUAUUCAUGUAGGUAGCUGUGUUGGUCUGACGCAGUCGAAAUAUAUUUAAAUUUUUUUAAAAAAUGUCCAGUGGCACACGAAAGCUUAUUCCAAGAACAAACUUAGUUGGUCUCUAAGGUGCCACUGGACAAUUUUUUUAAUAUAUUUCUAUUUGAUGAUGAUGAUGAUUUUAAAAGUAUGGUUUUCAUUUGUGGACUGUUAAGUUGUGGGUGAACAUAUCAGACGACACAGCGAUUCUUCAAACAGCUCUUGUUUAUUCACAGAACAGAACUGAACUGAACUGAAGGGUUCAGUCAGCCUACUUAUAUAGAGCUCCGGUACAACGUAACUGUAACAAUUUUCUAAACUAUCCAAUCACUGAACGUCACUUUCGAUCCCUUAUUUGCAUAACUAUCUACAUUAUCCCCCUGCUGGCCCAGGGUGAGAACUUCAGUACAUAACAUGGACCAUCUUUGCUCUUUGCUAUUUCUCAGCCUAUAUUAAGGUGUUUGGCAGUCCGCAAAUUUUGUUUUAAAUUUCAUGGGUCAAGAGGCGGAUGAUAAAACAGCCCUCCAUGCAUAGAAAGAAUUUUUUGGGGGGGCAGUGUGUACUCUCCCUAUUGCCCCAUGAUCCAAUAAUCUCCCUGUGCCUGCACAUUCAACAUGUGUCGGAAGGAGUUCUGUGCAUGCAUCCUGACUGGGGCUCUACAACCAUAUGCACACAGAACAACUCCUGGUGUGCGUUGAAUGUGUGUGACUGGGGGGAGCGGCUUCAAUAGCUCUGCAACCUCCUCCACACGUAAAUAAUAUUUCUGUGCAACCCUCCCUGCAAACAUUUUCCAAUCGGCUGACAGCUCUGUCAAUUUCUCCUUUCUGGGCUGGCUCUAUCUAUCUCACUUUACCCUCUCUCUGCGCAUAGGGGAAGAAUACCGACCUUUGCUGCCUUCGGAAGAGAGCACCCUCCAGAUUCUGACACACUCCUUGAAUCCUCUGGAUUACCGAAAGUGGAGGAGGAAGCCCUGCUAUUGGCGGCUGCUCAAGAUCUGCAAGGUUACUCUCUUUAAAUGCAUUUUUAUUUUCUAUUUUUUUACUUCCAUCAAUUUAUUUAUUUCAGCCAGCGACCAGCAUUCAGAAACGGACUUUGCACAAACAUGUACAAUAAUGCUGAACAAAACAACUCAAAUAGGAGUCACCCUAUUCCCCUUGGAAUGCUGCUAACAACUCUCAGGGCACCUAACAAACAACAGCUCCCAGAAUCCUUUGGGGGGAGUCAUGUUUAAAGUGGUAUCAUGGCACUUUAAAUGUUUGAUGUGUGAAUGUGGUGUCCACAUUUAAAGCACCUCCGAAGGAUACGCUUUUCCCCUCAAAGAAUUCUGGGAACUGUAGUAUUACCCCUCGCAGUGUUACAAUCUCCAGAAACUCUUGACAAAUAGCAGCUCCCAGAAUCCUUUGGAGGAAGCCAUGACUGUUUAAAGUGGUAUCAUAGUGUGAAUGUGGCCUGAGCCUCAUGUCCCUCACACUGGGACAUUUCUACUUCCAGUAUUCUCCACUCUUCCCCCUACCCCAGUCUGUGUGAAGCCCUUGUCUGAGGAGAAGGUUGCUUCAUGGCUGGUGGCCCAACUUUCACACCCAUGGUCUCUGAGGUGUAAAGGGUCUGCAGACAGUGUCACAGCCACUUCACUUUUCUGGUGGCUUUUGCGUGUCCCUUGUGGCAUGCAUGAAACAGCACAGAAGUUACCUAAGCACAAAAUAACAGUCUAGACAUUGAUGAUGACAAUUGUGUGGGAACCUUGGCCAGAGAUGGAGGAACUUGCGGCCCUUCCCUGUCUCUUGGCCGUAACUGGAAUGGGCUGGUGGGGAUUGUGUCCUCUACUCAGUAUAUUUUGGGACUCCUCAAGUCCUCCAUCUUUGCCCCUAGGCCAGAAGUGGGUAGACUCCAGGUGUGACAGAUUACUUGGGCCACAGUUGGGUCUAUACAUAUGAAUUUUAAAUCACGUUUGUAUUUUUUUUCCCACCUAUAUUGUGAUAGACAUCUGAAGGCAGCCCUUUUAAGGGAAGUUUUUUUAUGGUUGAUGUUGUAUUUUUAGUAUUUUGUUGGGAGCCACCCAGAAUGGCUGGGGCAACUCAGAUAGGCAUAUUAUUAUUAUUAUUAUUAUUAUUAUUAUUAUUAUUAUUAAUUUAAUCAGUGCUUUUUUCUAAAAAAAAUGUUUAGGGGUAUGUGUACCACCAGAAAAAAACACUGAUUAUUAUUAUUAAAAACAUUGUUUAAAAAACAUUAAUUUUUGCCCAUUUGUAUCAAGCAGGCACCUUCACUCUACUCUUUUAGGCACCUGCUAAAAAAUAUUUCAAGGCAGGCCCAUCUAGCUAUCUAGAAUGCUGACAUGUGGUUUAGCCUGUCCUUUGCUGAUUUUAAUUCUUUGAAUGUUUAAAUUGUUGUUGUUUUACUAAAUUGUUGCUUUUAAGUGUUUUUAUUGUUUUAGUCGUUAUUUUUUUAAAAACCGCUUUGAGGUUUAUUCAUUUUUUUAACAGUCAAUUUAAUGAAAUAAUUAAAUAACAAAUUUGAAUUUUUAAAAAGGCACCAGGGAGUCCCGGCCGUUGAUAUGCCCGUUUGUGCGGAUGUGGCAAUCACCUCCACAUGUUAUAUAGCACUUUCACCCACCCCCCGUUUUCUCUCCUCCCCAGCUUCCAGUGGAGUUUGUGCUGCUGCUGACUGUGCCCAUCGUGGACCCUGACAGGGAAGAUCAGAACUGGAGGCGGCCCUUGAACUGCCUUCACCUCAUCACUGGGCCCCUUGUCUGCAUCCUCACGCUCAAGUCGGGCACAUGUAAGCACCCGCCUUUCCUCCCAAGGGCAGCGUGGCCCUUUGAUUCCCAUUUUGCCCUUUGUGUAUUUGUAGAGAAUGCUUGAACAAGGCUGCAGUCUAACGUGGUGUAAGGCUGCUUGCUAAGCGUUUUGGGCCACUUAAAGUGAUGUACGACUGCGUGUUGUUACUCCAUCAUUACUCCAUCGUUCGUUACUCCCUCAGCCAUGGGUAGGCAAACUAAGGCCCGGGGGCCGGAUCUGGCCCAAUCGCCUUCUCAAUCCGGCCUGUGGGAAUCAGCGUGUUUUUACAUGAGUAGAAUGUGUCCUUUUAUUUAAAAUGCAUCUCUGGGUUAUUUGUGGGGCCUGCCUGGUGUUUUUACAUGAGUAGAAUGUGUGCUUUUAUUUAAAAUGCAUCUCUGGGUUAUUUGUGGGGCCUGCCUGGUGUUUUUACAUGAGUAGAAUGUGUGCUUUUAUUUAAAAUGCAUCUCUGGGUUGUUUGUGGGGCAUAGGAAUUCAUUCAUUCCCCCCCCCAAAAAAAUAUAUAGUCCGGCCCCCCACAAGGUCUGAGGGGACAGGGGACAAGGUCUGCUGAAAAAGUUUGCUGACCCCAACACCACCCUCCCCAUUUCAAAUUACGGGAAUGAAUCAACCUCAUUGAAUAUAAGAAGGCUAACUUAGUGUCUCCAUUCUCGUGCUCUCUUGCAGAUGGGUUUCACAAAAUCCACGGGGUCUUCCCAGUUUGGGGCCUGGUGGUCCUCCUGGGGGCUGCCUUGGCUGUCGUUGUCUUCUGCACUACGAGGAACGAAGAGCCACCCCGAUAUCACUGGGUGAGCACCGUUGCUCAAAUCUCUCUCGUGAACCUUUUCAUCCUGCACCCAGAGCGGAUUAGCAAUCAGUCCCUUUUCACAGGGAGCUCUGGGAGUUUUAGCUCUGUGAGGGGGGGGGAUAGGGGUGGUGGUGUCUCCUAAUAACUCUCAGCACCCUGAACAAACUGCAGCUCCCAGUAUUGUUGGGGAGAGGAAGCUAUGAUUGUGUAAAGUGGCAUCAUAGCGCCUUAUAAACGCUUGUUGCAAAUGUGCCCCUUGUCAUGUUCAUUUCAAUGGGUCUUCUCUGAGUAAAUUGUACUUUAAUACAGUAAGCCCACAACUUAUGUGUAUUUUAUUUGUGUGCAUUCAGCUUUUACACACUUGACCAAAAACAAUUAUUUAUUUAAGAGAAAGAGGGCUGAAAGGGGGCAGGCGUCCAGGAAAUAGGACUUUAGCAAUCUCACCCGCCACUGAACUCAAUGUGUUUUGGCUAUAAUGAUGAUAUUGAUGCUGCUGCUGCUGCUGAUGAUGAUAAAUUUUUUAUUUAUACCCCACCCAUCUGGCUGGGUUUCCCCAGCCACUCUGGGUGGCUUCUAACAGUAUAUUAAAAACACCAUAAAACAUCAAACAUUAAAAACCUUCCCUAAACAGGGCUGCCUUCAGAUGUCUUCUAAAAGUCAGAUAGUUGUUUAUUUCCUUGACAUCUGAUGGGAGGGUAAAAUGAAAAUCAGAUAGGUGGGACUUGGGAAAGCCCACCUAACAAUGUUUAGAAAAAUAAGGGUAAGACAAGAAUCUAUUUGUAUCGUUUGUUUUUCUAUUUGUGUUCUUUAUUUGUGUUAUAAAAUGAAUUUUAAAAAAUUGCAAAAAAAUUGUAAAAGACAUCUGAUGGGAGGGUGUUCCACAGGGUGGGUGCCACCACCGAGAAGGCCCUCUGCCAGGUGCCCUGUAACCUUACUUCUUGAAGUGAGGGAACCGCCAGAAGGCCCUCGGAGUGGGACCUCAAUUUGCGGGCUGAACGAUGGGGGUGGAGACACUCCUUCAGGUAUACUGGGCCAGUAUAUGCAGUUUUGGCUUCAGGCAUGAUCCCUGGAAUGUAAACCCCACAUAAAUUGUGGGCUUACUGUACCAUGUAUUCUGUGAGUUUACAGGUAAAAUAAAACAGGUGAUGAAGGUUACUGUCACAUAUACGGCAGCAGCCCAUUUAACAGCCAGACACAACCAAGGGGCAAGGAGAUGUUUGUUGCUCCCUGACAACAAAGGAAAGGUGGCUUUGUGAAGGCCCUUGUUGACAGUUCUCUACUACUCCCCCCACCCUCGGAUCUUUUUCUCAUGAUGCCGCAACAGUUAUUUGCCUUCCUGGGCUUCCUGGUCAGCGCCUUGUGGAUCAACGCUGCUGCCACAGAGGUGGUGAACGUCUUGAGGACUUUGGGGGUGAUCUUCCGACUGAGCAACACUGUCUUGGGGCUGACGCUGCUGGCCUGGGGAAACAGCAUUGGAGGUGAGCACUUGGGGUCUGGUGAGGAAAGAGGCCUUGGGCAUUUAUGUAUGUAUUGCAUUUAUAUCCUACCCUACCCCCGAGGAGACGCACAGUCACUUACAAGCAGUGGAGGCCCCCAGAGCAGGAAAAAGGAACAAUAGCCCCCUCCUGCUGCUUUUAUACCCAGCAACUGGGUGCCCCUUAGGCCAGUCGCCAACCUACCUUGCAGAGUGGGUGUUAGGCUAAAAUGGAGAGGGGGAGAAGCACAUACCUCUUUAGCCUGGCUUUUGAAAUUCAGAGUUGUAUAUUCUUAAAAACAGCCUUGUUUAUGUGAUUGUCAAUUGUUUUAAACUGUUUUAACCUAGUGCUUAAAUUGUUUUAACCAGGUCUUGGGCUGAAGAGUGGGUAAUAAUAUUAAUAAUAAUAAAUUAGUAAUUUCUUUUUUAAAAAAACAGCUUUGGGAUUUGUUCAUUUGUUUUUCAAUUCAAGUGGUAUAUAAAUUUUGUGAACUAAAUUGUGAAAUAGCUAUUAUUAUUAUUAUUAUUAUUAUUAUUAUGCCUUGAGCUCCUUGGAGGAAAGGUUGGAUAUAAAUAUAAACGUACCUGACAGCCUGUUUCCUCUGUGAUUUUGUCUAAUCCCUGCACCACAAUUUCAUUUAAAAAAAGAAACCUUCUAAGUUAGUGACCCAUCACCACUUCAGAAUAGCUCUGCUUUGGUUAUGAUGGGCUGCAUGACAGAUCAGUCAAGCAACCUAUGCAGUCCCAGCAUCCUUUUCACCCAGUUGGCCAAUCGGAUGCCUUUGGGAAGCCCCACAAACAGACCACACGCAUAGCACAGCUUUCUGAUGGGAAAACACCAUGGUUCAGUGGCAGGGAAUCUGCUUUGCAUGCAGAAGGUCCCGGGUUCAACCCCCGGCCUCUCCAGCUUAAAAGGGUUAGACAGGAAAAGGGUCUCCUCUGACCAAGGCUGUGCCAGUCAGUGUAGACAAUACUGGGCUAAGAUAGCGAAAACUCACCUGGUUGAAAACUGUUUCCUAAGCCUAUGAGGCACUCAUCCCUAGCUAGCAGGACCAGUGAUCAGGGAUGAUGGGAAUUGUAGUCCAAAAACAGCUGAAGACCCAAGUUUGGGAACCCACCCUCUCACUGUUUCCUCCCCACAAAAUGAACCUGCAUCAACAAAUCCAAUCUGUGGGAGCUAAAGUUAAUAUAUAUUGAUGCGUGUCCCCCCGUUUUUCCCUUACUUGUCUUUCAGACACCUUCUCAGACCUCACGAUGGCUCGGCAGGGAUACCCCCGCAUGGCCUUUUCUGCCUGCUUUGGUGGCAUCAUCUUCAGUAUCCUUGUGUCAUUGAAACUCUACUCAAUAUUGAUCCAGAGUAGAUUCCAGUUGUAUAGUUAGCGGAGUAAAAACUUAAACACGUUGCAGGAUUCCCCAAAAAUAGACUAGAGGCAAUUAGUAUUUCAUCCAGCAGAGCUUUACUGAAGGCAAAUGAGCAUAAUGGUCACAAAUCUAAUACAUUCAGGAUUGGCACUGUCCAUAAGAAAUCCAGUUGCAGCAGACUUAAACUUAUACUUAUAAUAACUUAUAAUAAGUCUAAACCUCAACACUAAGCAUACUAUGUACAGAACACCACACCAGAAGGAAAGAGAGAUAUAGAGACUUUUAUAGUCAGCAUGGCCUCAGCUUCUCUGAAGGAAUAACCCAAACAUCAUGAACCUUCUGCUUGCUUCUUUCACACAGGGAAGCUUCCAGAACCCUCUUGAAUUAAGUAGAAUUAGAAAAGAUCUCUACACAUCAGACCAAUACUUUAUGUACUAAGAGAUGCAAAGUGAGACCUUGCGGGUGAUCUGCUGACGGGUUGCAGUCUGCCUUGCCAGACUCGGGCUGCACUCCCUGGAAGGCCUUCAUAGGCAUCCAGUGUUGGUCCUCAAGACUGACCUGGGAUACGUAGCAGUAGUGGUAAUAAUUUAAAAAACAUGAGUGCACGCACACCUUCUGCGAGAGCCAGUGUGGUGUAAUGGUUAAGAGCGAUAGACUCGUAAUCUGGGGAACCGGGUUCGAGUCUCUGUUCCUCCACAUGCAGCUGCUGGGUAACCUUGAGCCAGUCACGCUUCUUUGAAGUCUCUCAGCCCCACUCACCUCACAGAGUGUUUGUUGUGGGGGAGGAAGGGAAAGGAGAUUGUUUGCUGCUUUGAGACUCCUUAGGGUAGUGAUAAAGCGGGAUAUCAAACUCUUCUUCUUCUUCUGCAAACUUAGCAUUAAGUUCUGAAUGCACCUAGAACCCUAACCCUCAAGACCUCCCCACUUAACACAGGAAAGUUGGAUGGAGCAGGUACACUUGCCACAUGCUGAGAAGUUGGGGGUAGGACUGGCCCUCUGUACCAGGUGUGGGGAAGCACUUGCCCUCCCAAUGUUGCUGGACUACAACUCCCAUUGGCCCCCACGGACAGGGAUGAUGGGAGUUGUAGUCCAACGACAUCUGGUGGGCCAAAGGUUCCCAACACCUACUCUGCAUGUUUCCUCCUUUUGCCCUUGUGUAUGCAAGCUGAAUGCCCAAAGAGGGUUUAUCUUUGGCUCUAAAGGCUUCUCGCUCUUAGCAUGCAAAGAGUCUUGCUGCAUCAGACAGGUGCCUUGUUGACCAGCCAUAUCCCUCUGGGAAGCUCAUGAGCAGAACAGUGGAGGCAGUACCCCCCGGUCUCCUGUUUGUAGGAGAAUAAAUGUGCUCAAGAGGUAUUCUGCCUCUGGAUGGGGAGGCUCCAUUGAAGCUGCCCUGGACAAACUGUUGCAUGUAGAUCCUAGGUCCGUGUGCCUUCGUCGGAGAAAGUCAGUGGAUUUUGCUUGCUGUGUUACAGACUGGUGCCUGGGGCUUCCAGCAGCAAGAAGCCAGCUGGCUCAAUUUCGCAUCCACUCCUUGUGUGAAUUUGCUCUCAGCUUGGGUUUGCUGGCUAGGUCCAUUGCCUCUGUGGGACUGGGGAGGGAAGGGAGGACAGCCGGUCACUGAUUGAUUGCUUUUCCUGGCCAGAUUGUCUCCUAAGAGAGCCAGUGCGGUGUAGUGGUUAAGAGCGGUGGACUCGUAAUCUGGUGAACCGGGUUCGCUUCCCCGCUCCUCCACAUGCAGCUGCUGGGUGACCUUGGGCCAGUCACACUUCUCUGACGUCUCUCAGCCCCGCUCACCUCACAGAGUGUUUGUUGUGUGGGAGGAAGGGAAAGGAGAAUGUUAGCCGCUUUGAGACUCCUUCAGGUAGUGAUAAAGCAGGAUAUCAAAUCCAAACUCCUCUUCUUCUUCCUGAACUUUGCCGGCAGAUAUGCUCGUUGGCGUUGGACUCGGCUGCCUCCUUCAGAUGACGAGCAGCAAGCUAGUCGUGAGGGUACAGGCGCUUUCAUUGCCAUUUCUCCUUCCACUCAGGGGCGGUGGGACAGACCUGCAUUCCUCCAAAUGCUGUCAGACUCCCAACUCCCAUCAGCCCACAGCCAGCAUGGCCAAUGGUCAGGGACAAUUGAUGGUUCAAAGGCAGUCCUAAGUACAGUGCAUUGCAGUAGUCUUCACCAGAGCAUAGACAACUGAAGCCAGGCUGGCCAUGUUCAGGUCCAACAGUCAGGGAUGAUGAGAGAUGUAGCCCAACAACAUCUGGAGGGUACAACUUGGGUAGCUGCUUUACCCUGAGUCGGCCCAUCUAUUCCAGUAAUGUCUACACUGGCUGGCAGCAUCUCUCCAGAAACAAGGAAGUCUUUCCCAGCUCAACCUGGAAAUGCCGGGCUUUGAACCUGGGACCUUCUGCAUGCAAGGCAGAUGUUCUACCACUGAGCCACAGCCCUUGCCCACUUUAGCUGUCCUGCUUUAGGUCUAGUCCUGUCUUCCAUGGCAUCUGGUGUGUUCACUCCCCUUUUCCGGUCUCCCCUUUGCAGCUGGAAUCCGAGGGCCUUCUGGUGUGGAUCCUGGCCGGUGCGCUGGGCCUCAGCCUGAUCUUCUCCUUCCUCUCUGUGCCCGCUCAGUGCUUCCAUCUGGGGCACGGCUACGGCUGCUGCCUCAUCGUCUACUACCUGGUCUUCUUGACUGUUGCGCUGCUGACGGAGUUCAGGGUGAUCCGGCUGGCCUCCGUCUGAAGAAAACAUCUCUCAUCAUGGACCUCCUUCUGACGUUAUUGCAGAAUGGUGAUGGGGUUGCAAAUGUCCCCUUCUUGCGACCGAGCUGCUCUACUUGAAGACAGUGCCUUGCAACAAGCACACACCCUCAGCGAGUGCCCAAAGGGACCUGGUUGUCAGGUUUGACUGUUACCCGCUGCUCGGAGGGAAGCAAGACCACAACUCAAACCUUGGAAACUUACGCAGAGCCCCGGGCAAGCUGUUGUUAGGUUGCUGCGGUCUUUCAAGGCACAAGGGUGCCACCUGCUUUUAAAGACCUAUAUUAUAAGUCAGGGAUCAUUUGGCCUUGGGGACAGGCCAUCGGUUCCCCCA